AUGGAUCCCCUUUUUGAUGCACGAGUUUUCUACGAUUUGUUUUCCAAUUUUGAUCAACUUUAUGCUCAAGGAACUGGAGAAUGGCAUGAUUUUUUAAUGGACAGUAAACAACCCAAAAACAUUCAUGAAGACUGUGAACUGAAACAAGACGAAUUGAUUUCGAAGCUCCAGCAUUCUCAACAAAACUUUGAUAAUAUCAAAAAAAUAUUAGCAAAUUUUGAAAAAGAAAAUGAGAAUUUAGCGGACGAGAAUGAAAUUUUGAAGACAAGAGUUGCAAUUUUGGAAAAGGACGUAAAGGAAGAGAGAAACGCCACGAAAAUGGCCAAGAAUCUGAACGAAGAAAUUGUCAAUGAACUGAAACUGUCAGAAGAGUUAAUUGAUUGUUUGGAAAAACAACUUCAAGAAUCAAAAAUAGAGCUAAAAGAAGAGAAAUUGUCGAAAAAACAUCUAUUAACAACUAUGAAGUCACUGGAAACUGAAAAAAUGGAACAAGAGCACAAGACCAAAAUAAUGAACAAAGAAGUGGAAGAAUUGAAAAUUCGUGUCAAAGAAUUGGAGGCCACUGAUUAUUCGGAAAAGAAUAUUGAAUUGGAAAGACAAGUGGGAAAGUUGACAGCUCAACUUCAAGAUUUCGAAAGUUCUCGAGGUUAUGAACAGGAAUUAAUUCUCAGUCUGCUCGAAUUUCAAAAAAGGAAAUCGGACAAACAAUUGAAAGACCUUCAAUCAAAGUUAGAACGAAAUCUGGAGCUUGUAGAGCUCAAUAAGCUACACGAAGAGGUCCAAUCAGAAAGAUUGUUAAAAUCGGAAGUGGCCGAGAAACUUGCAGAAUUAAUCAAAUCAGUAAAAACUUCAAAUUCAAUGUUGUUGGAAAAGACUACUCAGUUUGAGGACGCGCAGGGAAGCAGAGAAAAUGUUGUGGAAGGUGCCAAUGAUGAGAUGGAUACGAGUUUUGCAAGUGACGAAACCCGGACUGAGAACUGCCAAGUUUGUGAUGCACCAAAUGCACAAAAGCACUAUAAUGCUCAAACAUGCGGAGGCUGCUCGCAAUUUUUUAGAAAAAUUGUAAUCGAUUCCAAGCAGAACAGCCUGAAAUGCAGUGGAAGUGGACGUUGUAAAAUCAACACUGUAACACGAAAUUAUUGUUCUUACUGUCGAUACGCCAAAUGUGUCUCAGAAGGAAUGGAUGCAGGAAAGGUUGGAGAGAGAAUUCAGAACGAGUGAAAGAGACCCAAUAUUUUAUAUGGAAUGAUUGAAACAGUACUUGUUUUGAAGAUCAUUUAUUAGUUGUUCAAUCUGCAAUAAAUCAAUUUUUC